GCCCUCCUGGGUGUCCGCACAGUCCUGGGAUGAGAUUCCCACCUCGAGCUCGGGCAGAGCGUCGGGAAUCGCUUCCCGAGCCUGCCGACAGCUCCAGAGCCGCAUCCCCGCAGCUCUCCCCUCCGAACCCAUCCCGAGGGAUGCAGGAUGGGCCCCGCACUUCCCAUCCCCCCGGGAGGGCAGCAGAGGGGCUGAAUUCCCAAAGGGAACGACCCUCCAGUGUGGAAGAUGGCUCUGCCCCUCAUCUUCCACCCCAGGAGGAGCAAACUGGGACUGACAUCCGAUGCCCUGGGUGGAAAUAUCAGAGUGAUCCCAGCUCCGGAGUCCCCAUGGUUGGUGGGAAGUGGAUGUGGAUCUCUCCAUGUGCUUUCCCGUUUGUUUUGGGUUUUUUAAUAGUCUCUGCUGCAGUUUUCCUAGGAUUCGGAAAGGCUCAUCUUUAGGGAUCUGCCUCUCCCUGGCUGUUUGCAGCUCCUCAGCUCGGAGCUGAAGCACCCACUACGACAAAAAUGCAUGGAACGAGGGAAGAAACCCUCUCCUUUAAAAUAAUCCUUUAAAAAAAAAAUCACGGGGACGGGCGCCUUUCCCUGUGCCUGCCCUCCUUGCUGGGCUCCAGGCUGCUCCUCCUGCCUCUCAGCGCUCCAAGGCAUCUCCUCAACUUCCAGCCUUUCCCUCCAGAUCCUCGCACGCUCCCUCCCAUCGCUGCAGGAGCCAGCCCGGACCCCCCCGCCCCGCUCUUUGCUCCUCCCUGGGGCUCCGAGGCAGCCGGGGACCAUCUGGGUCCCUGCCCGGCAGAGGCGAGGGGAGGGCGGUAGGAGGGACCGGCGAGGCGGGGAGGGGAGAAGGAUGCUCCGGGGGUGGCUCUCUGCUUCCUCGCCUGCCCGGAGCUCGCAGGGGCUCGCCUGGAGGAUGUCUCACCCCCUCGGCACAGGUGUCACUGCUGGGGGAGCGCUGGUGGCGAGCUCGGAGCAUGCUGCUGAGGGCCGGCCCCAGGAGGUUUCUGGAGCAGCACCUUCUCUUGGUGGACAGCGCAGAGCAGCAGAGGCCGGCUCGGGAAGCGCUCCCGAAUCCAUUCAUGACUGAGGAACCCCCCGCCCCAGCCGAGCCCGAGCUGCCGCCCUCCAACCUCACCAACGGCACCGACUGCGGCGAGGAGAUCCUGCUCUAUGGGGACACCGAGAAGGUCGUCAUCGGGGCCGUGCUCUCCAUCAUCAUCCUCACAACCAUCGCCGGCAACGGGCUGGUCAUCAUCUCCGUGUGCAUCGUCAAGAAGCUCCGGCAGCCCUCCAACUACCUGGUGGUGUCCCUGGCCGCCGCCGACCUGUCGGUGGCCUUCGCCGUCAUGCCCUUUGUCACCAUCACGGACCUGGUGGGGGGCGAGUGGCUCUUUGGGAAGGUGUUCUGCAAUGUGUUCAUCGCCAUGGAUGUGAUGUGCUGCACGGCCUCCAUCAUGACCUUGUGCAUCAUCAGCGUGGACAGGUACCUGGGCAUCACACGGCCGCUGACCUACCCCGUGAGGCAGAACGGGAAGCUGAUGGCCAAGAUGGUCUUCAUCGUGUGGCUCCUGUCGGCCUCCAUCACCCUCCCUCCCCUCUUCGGCUGGGCCCAGAAUGUGACGGUGGAGCGGGUGUGCCUCAUCAGCCAGGACUUUGGCUACACCGUCUACUCCACGGGCGUGGCCUUCUACAUCCCCAUGGCCGUCAUGCUGGUGAUGUACAGCCGCAUCUACAAGGCGGCCAAGGUCAGCGCCGAGAAGCACCGCUUCAUGAACUUCCCCAAGCACUACGAGGACGAGGGCGUCUACUGCCUCGAGGCCUCCAGCCGCGCCCACCACAGCUCCCGCCGCACCAAAGCCGUGGAGGAGUGCGCCACGCUCUCCAAGCUGCUCCGCCAGGACCGCAAGAACAUUUCCAUCUUCAAGAGGGAGCAGAAAGCCGCCAGGACCCUCGGCAUCAUCGUGGGGGCCUUCACGUUUUGCUGGCUGCCCUUCUUCCUGAUGUCCACGGCGCGGCCGUUCAUCUGCGGCAUCCGCUGCAGCUGCAUGCCCCUGAGGCUGGAGAGGACUCUGCUCUGGCUGGGCUACACCAACUCCCUCAUCAACCCCCUCAUCUACGCCUUCUUCAACAGGGAUUUGAGGACUACUUUCUGGAACCUGCUGCGCUGCAGGUACAGGAACAUCAACAGGAGGCUCUCGGCCACCAGCAUGCACGAGGCCCUGAAAGCCACGGAGAGGCACGAGUGCAUCCUGUAGUGCCUGACCCGCCGGCUCCUGCCUCUCCACGCUGGGUUCCUCGCUUCCCUGGCCUCCCAGGGGCUGGCAGGAACCGUCCAGCCCCACCAGACAUUGCCACUGAAGGUGAUGGUCCUUUCCCUCGCCCCGUGAGGAGCCGCGGUGCUCCUCACCCUGGGAACAAGUGGAGGGAACUUUGGGAACAACCCUUCCUUCUCACUCUGUCCCAGGUGGGAGCAAGACCUGGAGGGGGUUCAAGGUCUACCAACGACUGUGGGCCAGUCACACCACCUUUCUGUGCCUCAGUUUACCCAUCUGUAAUUAAAGUAAAAAAAAAGAAAAUAAACUCUCCCAGCCCACCAACCAAACAGAAAAAAACCGCUAAAAACUUGAUAAGACUGGGGCUCUCCACCUUAUAAAAGGGCUCUAAGGUCUGUGGAGGGAGCACAAAAUCCUGUGUAAAGACAACACUGGCUGCACUUCUCUGUGGAAUCUGACAGCAGCUCUGUUGUACAUCCAAGCCCCUGUGCCAUCCCAGCUUAUCCGAGCCCUUUUCCCCGAUGUAAUUGCAUUUCACACCCUGAGCUCACGUCCAGGUUUGCACGUCAGAGCAGAAAUACCAAUGACCCCGUUUUCCCCCACACUGUAGCACUGCAGCACUUGAAGGAGACGAAUUUGGAGGGUGAAACACAAUCGAACACGGAGUUUCCUUUAUGGUUGGAUAGGGAAGUUUGACGCCUCCUGCUCAUGAGGGCAAUGAUCAGAGAGCAAAGCCAGUUGUGUUUAUUGGGUUGUACUGUAAUUCAUGCCCAGACAAGUGACGUGUGUUCAUCAUUUGUGGCUAAUUGACUCCAUAAAAGCACGCUUUGGUUGACAACAGGAAAAAAACAUAUAAUUUCCCUGACAGCUUUAUGGUAUUUCAGUAUGAUGUCCAGCAAGCUUGAAAAAAUACACUGAAUGAUGUUAUCUUUUUCUUAAAAAAAAAAAGAAAAAAAAAAAAAA